UCUCGUUGUCACGCGGUCAACACGGAAGUUUGUGCAGUGUAAACACCCAUGCGUGUGUGUGUCCUGUCACACAGUUAUAUCAUAGCUAAAUCUGAACUGUAAAAUAUCGUUUGCUUUGUAUAUAAGUAAUAUUUUGCAGCCAUGGCUGAGGAGCUGCGCUGCUUGAAGGCACAACUGGAGGAGAAAGACACAGAGAUUACUGCUCUGAAGACUAAACUGGCACGACUGGAGAAGAGCCAUACGUCAGCUCUGGAGCUGCGUGAAAAAGUGACACCCCUAACCCCCCUGAAAGCCAAAGCGGCCCUCAGCAAUGAGGACAUCAUGCGCUACAGCAGACAGCUCCUCCUGCCUGAGCUGGGUGUACAAGGUCAGCUAAACUUAUCCAAGACGUCAGUGCUGGUUGUGGGCUGUGGAGGGCUGGGCUGCCCCCUGGCACAGUAUCUUGCAGCAGCAGGCAUCGGGCGCCUGGGCCUGCUGGACUACGACGAGGUGGAACUCAGUAACCUGCACAGACAGGUGCUUCAUGGGGAGGAGAACCAGGACCAAGCGAAGGCUCUGUCUGCCGCCAACGCAGUUAAAAGGUUGAAUUCAACAAUAGAAUGUAUUCCCUACCACCUGCAGCUGUCGUCGGAGAACGCCUUGCAACUCAUUAAACAGUAUGACAUUGUGGCUGAUUGUUCAGACAAUGUACCCACUCGUUAUCUGGUGAAUGACGCCUGCGUGCUCAGUGGCAAGCCUCUGGUGUCAGCAAGUGCCCUGAGAAUGGAGGGACAGCUGACAGUGUAUAACUACCAUGGAGGACCCUGCUACAGAUGUCUGUACCCGUUACCCCCACCCCCAGAGACUGUGACCAACUGUUCUGAUGGAGGGGUGUUAGGAGUGGUUCCAGGGAUGAUGGGCUGCUUCCAAGCUUUGGAAGUCCUCAAGAUUGCCUCUGGACAAGGCUCUUCCUGCGGCCAACAGCUGGUGAUGUUUGACGCUCAAGAUGCCAGAUUCAGAUCCAUCAAGUUGCGGCCCAAGCAGGCCGGCUGUGCGGUGUGCGGAAAGAACCCCAGUGUGACCCAGCUGGUGGACUAUGAGGCUUUCUGCGGGACUGCUGCCACAGAUAAGUGCCGCAAACUCAACCUCCUCUCCAGAGAUCAGAGGAUCACAGUACAGGAUUACAAGUCGAUAAUGGACAAUGCAGAGCCCCAUCUCUUGUUGGACGUGCGCCCUCUUGUGGAGGUGGAUAUAUGCCACCUACCUUUCUCUAUCAACAUUCCCCUCUCAAGUUUAGAGGAGAGGAAGAGUGAACCUAUCCGAUUACUUCAGGAGAAAAUCAGCCAAUUGAAACAGCAGAUGGAAGGUGACCGCCGGCCUCCAGUGUAUGUGAUCUGUAAACUGGGUAACGACUCUCAAAAGGCGGUGCAAGUUGUGGAGAAGAUGAGUGGAUCGGAAGUGGACAGCGUUACGGUGAAAGACAUCAGCGGAGGCCUCAUGGCCUGGGCAAAGAGAAUAGACCCCACAUUUCCACAGUAUUAAUCCGUUUUAAGUGCUUUUUUUUGUCAAUAAACUCUUCAGUUUUUCAUAA